CAAAAAUUCACAUCUGUCGAAUGUCAAAUUGCAACAUCCAAGAAAAAUAGAAAAAAAUACAAAUUUUUAUAUUUAUUAUUUGCACAAUGUUUUAAUACAUAUUUUUAUAUUUUUAUACAAUUCAAUAAUUGAACUCUAAUUAUGGGAAUUUUACAAUUAGAAGAACAGCCUGCCAUAAUUCAAGCUAUUUUUGCUGGUGUGAUAGAGGAAGUUAAAGAAUUAAUAGAAUACAAGCAGGACGUUAACUAUUUAGACGAAGAGAAACGCACACCUCUACAUGCAGCUGCCUACAGGGGCGAAGCAACAAUUUCAUCACUUUUGCUUCAGAAUGGUGCUAGAGUAAAUGCCAAGGAUAGUAAAUGGGUUACCCCACUUCACAGAGCCUGUUCUGUAGGAGCAGAUGGAGUUGUUCACUUACUUUUGAAUUAUCAAGCAGAUGUAAGUGCCCGAGAUAGGCUAUGGCAAACUCCAUUGCAUAUUGCUGCAGCCAGCGAUUCAUAUAAUUGCGUGGAACAAAUUUUACAUCAUGUUCCUAAUCCAAAUGUUAGAGAUAGAUCUGGUAGAACAGCUUUACACUAUGCUGCUUACAAUGGACAUACCUAUGUUGCAGAGCUGCUCAUAUCUAGAAACUGUAUGGUCAAUGCCUGUGAUAAAAAAGAUUUUAGACCUUUACACUGUGCUGUACAAAUGGGCCAUAUUGAUACAGCAGAACUACUGAUUAAAUAUGGAGCAGAUUUAAAUGCUAAAGAUAGAAAUCAAUACACACCAUUACAUGUUGCAGCUGCUAGUGGAAUUGAGAUAGUCACCAAGUUACUCUUAAACUCCGGUGCCGAUGUAAAUGCUCAAAACGUUUAUGGUAAUACUCCUCUGCAUAUUGCUUGUUUGAAUGGCCACCUAAAUAUUUGUCAAGACCUUGUCACUUCCGGUGCAAACUUGGAAGCUGCAAAUUUUAGGGGCCAAACACCCUUGCAUAUUGCAGCAGCAAGUACACACGGAGUAGAUUGUUUAACUUAUUUAUUAAGGCAACAUGUUGAUUUGAAUUGUCAGAGUUUGGAUGGUCGAACACCUUUACAUAUGACUGCUAUUCAUGGCAGGUUUACAAGAAGUAAAACGCUAAUUGAUAAUGGUGCUCAAAUAGAUUGUGCAGAUAAAAAUGGCUGUACCCCAUUACAUAUUGCCGCACAAUAUGGUCAUGAUUUGUUAGCAAACACUUUGCUUACUUUUGGUGCUAAUCCAUCCAAAAAAGGUUAUGAAGGUAGGACACCACUACAUAUGUGUUGCCUCUCGGGUUAUGUGGAAUGUGGAAGAAAAUUUGUGCAAUGUGGUGUUGACCUGAAUGAUCAAGAUGACACUGGAAAAACUCCUACUCAUUGUGCAGCAUAUAAGGGGUCUUAUGAGUGCCUGGAUUUACUUGUCAGCAAUGGCGCUGAGUUUAAAAUAACUGAUAACCUACAACGUCUUCCGAUUCACUAUGCAGCUUCUCAAGGUCACUAUCAGUGCGUUUUUACACUGGUUGGAAUAGGAAGCUCGGUUAAUGAUAUAGAUAUAGAAGGUUGUGCACCUCUCCAUUUAGCCGCAGCUUAUGAUCUUGAUGGCAAAUGUGUGGAUUACCUAUUGGACCAUAGAGCUGAUCCUGCUAUGAAAGAUAAUAGAGGAUUCACCCCUUUACACUAUGCAAUAGCUGGAGGAAAUGUCAAUGGCGUGAGGAGGUUAUUGAAAAACGAACAAACAGCCGAACAAAAAAAACAAGAAACAGAUGACAUAAAAAAAUUGCUUAGUAAAUGUUCAGUAGAUAUUACACCUUUACACCUUGCUGCCAAACUAGGAAACAUAGAUAUAUUAAAAAUGAUAAUGCCUUAUUUUACUGACGUCAACAUUAGGACUAAUCAAGGAAUGACUCCUUUGCUGUUGGCGGCAAGGGAAGGUCAUGCUCAGUGUGUUCAAUUUCUAUUGCAUUUUGGUGCCAAAGUGGCUUUAGCUGAUUACGUAAAUAACAUGACGCCCGUUCACUAUAGUGCCAAAAACGGACAUUCUCAAUGCCUCAGCUUGUUGCUACAUAACAGCGAAGAUGAAAAUGUUGUUAAUAUGCUUGACAGACAACAUCGGACUGCGUUAAUGUUAGCUGUCUCUGGAAACAAUCUCAAAUGUGUUCAUACAUUAUUAAAGUGUGGAGCCGAUCCAAACAUUGUUGAUACAGAUGAUCAUUCUUGUCUGUUUAGAGCCGUUGUUAGUGGUCAAGAUGGCGUCGUGCAGUUACUUCUCUCAAAUAAUGCUAAAGUACAAACAACUGAUAUCAACGGUAAGACUGUGCUACAUUUGGCAGCGGCGUGCGGCCAUUUUAACUGCUUGCACAUGAUACUUAAAUAUAUGACAGAGGAUGAAGUGAGAGCCAAGGACAAGCAGCAGUGUACUGCUCUUCAUUGGGCAUGUUACAAUGGUUAUGCAACUUGUGUGGAGUAUUUAUUAGAAAAGAAAUUGUUUAAGGAAUUGGAACAAAAUUCCUUUUCACCCAUCCAUUGUGCCACUUUUUCAGGAUCUGACAAGUGCCUAGAAUUAUUAGUCAAUUAUUUUGGAAAUAAAAUAGUAAAUUUAUCGGAUUGUCGGCAUAGGACACCUUUACACAUUGGUGCCCUUCACGGACACUUGGAAUGUGCUAAAUAUUUAUUGGAACAAGGUGCUGACGUUCAAGUUUUUGAUGAAGAAGGAAGGGCCCCUUUUAUAGCUGCAGCACAAUACGGGCAAACACAAAUCGUUGAACUUUUGUUAACAUGUAAUAUUGAUCGUACUACUUGUGAUAAACUUGGCAAUACUGCAUUACAUUGGGCUUGCCUGAAGAAGCACAACCAAACUGCCUUAUUAAUUUUAGAAGAUUCUCAAGGAGACACCAUUAUCAAUGUAUUUAAUAAUGAAAAGAAAACCCCGCUUCACAUUUCUGCCAGAAACGGAUUAGUUGACGUUACCAGGCAAUUACUAAAAAAGGGAGCUUCAGUCGUAGCUGUAGACAAUGAAGGUCUAACUCCUGCUCUUUCUUGUGCACCAAAUAAUAAUGUUGCACAAUGUUUAUCAUUGAUUUUGCAAACGCUUCCUAAUAUGAUUAGUAAAGAAAAUCAAGACGAAACUAGGGCUCUACAGCUAUCUUCCAACAACAUCAGUUUAGCUUUAAAAAUGACUAUGUCAAACAUAUCUAAUUUGCAUGAUUCUAAACCUGAAUCAAACCAUUCUAGUGAUAACGAAUAUUAUUAAGUUGUUCCUUUGAGUGUCUCUAGGAAAAGUUGUGUCUUUAUAGUUCAAUCGUUUUUAUUAUUAUACAAAAUUAUAUUCCAGUGUAUAUACCAAUUAUGUAUGCGUUUGUAUCAAUUUCUUUACAGUUUCAUUUUUUACUGUAUGCUGCGCAUAUUACUUUAUUUACUGUAACAUUUGGGUGUGUUACUUGAAACUAACGCUCUUUAUUGUUUUCUUUGAAAAUAAAUUAUGAAUAAAAAAAUAUUAUUAGGUUUUAAUUUGGCAUUAUUUUUUAACCUUUGUUAUAGAUGUAAGUUGUGCUCUUGGUAAUAGAAUGAGGGGUAACAGGUGUUGUUUUGCCAGUGAUACGAGAGCUGUAAACUUUAAGGCAAAGGGUUUUUGGUUUGGUGGUUUUAAUUUUAAAUUGGUAAAAUGUAAGUGCUUCUCAGAUAAAACAAAUGAAUGGUAGAAAUAAGGUUGUACAACAUUCUAUAUACACCACCCUAUGACGA